UUCUGACAGAGAUAAGAUUGUUCUGACUUUUGUAAUGUCUGAAUUGUAGUGUGUCUUGGUUCUUGUAUGAAGAGAAACACUCAUUAAAUUAAAUGGUCUGCGAGAUGGAAACUGAUGAUCAUCAAAACGAAGAGAUGGACGUCGAAGUCUUAUCUUCCAUGUGGCCCGAAGACGUCGGAACCGAAGCAGACAACAACCAGUUCAACGUCGGCGAUUCCGACACGUUAAAAGAAGUCGACAUCGCUGAGAAACGCACCAUGGCCGAUCUAAAACGCUUACCAGAACUCAUGAACACGACCGACCAAGGCUCCUCUCAGCUAACCAACCUAGUGAAACAAUGGGAGUAUAUGCAAGACCACGCGGUUAGACUAUUACGAGAAGAGCUCAAGAUUCUCACUAGACAAAGAGAAGAAGCCGAAGCCAAAGAGCUUAAGAUUAUAGAAGAGCAUAACUUCGAGACUGAAGAGCCUGAGAAUGUACCUGUUCUGGAUGAGACGAGUGAUCUUUUCCGCAGGUUUAAGGAGAAGAAGAGGGAUAAGUUGGUUGGUAGGAAGAGGAUUGAGAUCGAUGAGGAGUUUGAUACGGUUGCGUAUUGGAAACAGAAGGCUUUGAGUUUGGAGAAGAUGCUUGAAGCGAGUACUGAGAGAGAGAGGAGAUUGAUUGAGAAGCUUAAUGAGAGUUUAAAGACUAUGGAGAGUCACUCAGCACCUGUUGAAGAGUUGACUCAGAAUCUUAAAAGAGCUGAAGGGUUCUUGCAUUUUAUACUUCAGAAUGCUCCUAUUGUUAUGGGACAUCAAGAUAAAGAUCUACGCUACUUGUUUAUCUACAACAAGUUUCCUACUCUACGAGAACAUGACAUAUUGGGGAAAACAGAUGUUGAGAUAUUCCAUGGAGGUGGAGUUAAAGAAUCUGAAGAUUUCAAGAGAGAGGUUCUUGAAAAAGGAAAAGCUUCAAAGAGAGAGAUCACAUUCGAGACAGACUUGUUUGGUUCAAAGACUUUUUUGAUAUACGUUGAGCCUGUUUACAACAAAGCUGGUGAGAAGAUCGGUAUCAACUACAUGGGAAUGGAAGUAACUGAUCAGGUGAUAAAGAGAGAAAAAAUGGCUAAACUUAGAGAAGACAACGCAGUGAGGAAAGCUAUGGAGUCAGAACUGAACAAGACUAUUCACAUUACAGAGGAGACAAUGAGAGCUAAGCAGAUGUUGGCGACAAUGUCACAUGAGAUAAGAUCACCAUUGUCAGGAGUAGUGGGAAUGGCUGAGAUACUUUCUACCACAAAGCUGGAUAAAGAGCAAAGACAGUUGUUGAAUGUCAUGAUCUCUUCUGGUGAUUUAGUGCUUCAGUUGAUUAAUGACAUUCUUGAUCUCUCCAAGGUUGAAUCAGGUGUGAUGAAAUUAGAAGCUACAAAGUUUAGACCAAGAGAAGUGGUGAAGCACGUGCUUCAGACAGCUGCUGCAUCACUGAAGAAAGAUUUGACAUUAGAAGGGAACAUUGCAGAUGAAGUCCCUAUCUUGGUAGUUGGAGAUGUUCUAAGGAUUCGGCAGAUUCUCACUAACUUGAUCAGCAAUGCUAUCAAGUUUACACAUCAAGGAAAGGUUGGGAUCAAACUCAAAGUGAUACCCGAACCAGCCUUUGCUAGUGAUAACGCACUGAAAGCAGACGCUGAAGAACAGAACGGUUUGGAUGAGACUUCGGUUUGGAUUUGCUGUGAUGUUUAUGACACUGGAAUUGGAAUACCAGAAAACGCUCUUCCUUGUUUGUUCAAGAAGUACAUGCAAGCAAGCGCUGAUCAUGCUCGAAAAUACGGUGGAACUGGUCUCGGUCUUGCCAUUUGUAAACAGCUGGUUGAGCUAAUGGGAGGUCAACUUACUGUGACAAGCCAGGUCAACGUAGGUUCAACGUUCACGUUCAUACUACCCUACAAAGUUGCAACAUCAAAUGACCAUUCAGAUGAUCAAGAAGAGUUCUCCGAUAUGGUGGAUCAUCAACCCGAACCAGACGACUCAACAGAAGGAUACUUCCAGUUUAAACCGCUUCUAGGAUCUAUUUAUUCUAACGGCGGACCGAUUAUUGGCAAUAACUUCUUACCUCAUAAAGUUAUGCUCACCAGUCCAGUUAAGCUCAUCAACGGACAAAGCGAGACUGUUCAGGUUGAAAACGGUGGUUAUAUGGAUGAGACAAGACAUGAAACCCGUUCUGGUCACUGUCCUGAAUCAGCUCAACAAUAUGAGAAUGGGAAUGAUCGAUAUCCCUCUAAGGAAAGCGAGUCUUGUAGCAGCUCACAAGCUAGCUCAGAAAUGGAGUCAGAGCUUACAGUUUCAUCUCCUAGGGAAGAGGCAAAAAACGAGACAGAGGUUAAAGAGACAUCAAAGCAGCCAAAGAUUUUGCUUGUGGAAGAUAAUAAAAUCAACAUCAUGGUUGCAAAGUCAAUGAUGAAACAGUUAGGAUAUACCUUUGAUAUCGCUAAUAAUGGAGUUGAAGCCAUAACUGCGAUUAACGGCUCUAGCUACGACUUGGUACUCAUGGACGUGUGCAUGCCAGUUCUGGAUGGUUUGAAAGCUACAAGACUGAUCCGUUCAUACGAAGAAUCUGGAACUUGGGAUGCUGCGGUAGAAGCCGGAGUCGAUAUAAAAACAUUGGAGGAUAAGCAAACCUGUGUGCGUUCCACAAAUCGGCUGCCUAUAAUAGCGAUGACGGCAAAUACAUUAUCAGAGAGCUCAGAAGAAUGUUAUGCAAAUGGUAUGGACUCUUUUAUCUCAAAACCUGUAACGCUGCAAAAACUGAAAGAGUGUCUAAAACAGUAUUUGCAUUGA